AUGUGUAGUCGUACUGGAAAACUUAGUGCAGGUAGGAUGUUGAAACUUCUUCUUCUUCUUCAAUCAUCAGCAAAUGUUUUCCUUCUGGUUAUCAUGAUUUCAUGCAGUUUGGAGAAGGGGAAUGCUUCGAGAGGAAUAGUUGACGGCUUAGAAGCUCAUCACUACCAAACUCUUCCACUCAGCUCCAUGCUUCCACCCUUUUUCUGCAAGCAAACCAGUUCCAAAGGUGAAGGUAGAAAGACAUCCAUGAAGGUUGUUCACAGGUUCGGUCCUUUCUCAGCUCGGGGCGGAGACUCGCCAAGCAUGAGGGAGAUUCUACUGCGCGACGAGUCUCGAGUCCAAUCAAUGCAAGCCCAACCCCGACUCAGAUCUUUCAGAUUGGCCAAGAACAAUAUUAAUAGCGAGAUGGGGGCCCGGGAGUUGGAGACUGUAGAUCUCCCGGCCGUGAAUCAAAGCCCAAGCGGCGUGGGUAACUACAUCGUGACCGUGGGACUAGGGACGCCGGCGCAAGACGUGGAGCUAGAGUUCGACACCGGCAGCGACCUGACGUGGACUCAAUGCCAGCCGUGCGGCGAGGCGGAGUGCUACAAUCAGAGGCUCCCAAUCUUCGACCCGGACGCUUCAACCACCUAUUCCUACGUACCAUGCGACUCCCAGGCCUGCGCCGACCUGGAGGCCUCCACGGGUUACCCGGUCGACCAAUGCGACGAGGAGGAGGACGAGGAUUCCACCGAGUGUUCCUACACCACCUCGUACCUCGACGGGUCAUUCUCCAUAGGUGAGCUGGCCACGGACAAGCUAACCUUAACCUCCACGAAUGUGGUCGACGGGUUCAUAUUUGGGUGCGGCGAAGACAACGACUUCACCUACGGCAGCGACAAUGGUGGAAUUAUGGGUUUAGGAACUGCUCCUCUCUCUAUCGUCUCCCAAACAUCUCAACAAUUCGGCAACUACUUCUCCUAUUGCCUCCCAACCCCGACCGGAUCCGACGGACAUUUAACGUUCGGAAAGAACAAUAAAAACACAAAUAAUCUCAACUACACACCUUUCUUGCCUUCAUCCGGCUACUCCAUCGAGGUCUUGGCAAUAAGUGUUAACGGACACCAGCUGUCGAUCUCUCCGGCGGUGUUCCAGAACCCCGGGACCUUCAUAGACUCCGGCACCGUCAUAACCCGCCUCCCCACGCCAGCCUACAACGCUCUGCGCGAUGCUUUCAAGCAGCAUAUGACAAUGUAUCCGGAAGUAGAAACAGACUCGAUACUGGACACUUGCUAUGACUUCACCAAUUACCCUAACCCAACCAUACCGGAGAUAAGGUUCACGUUUGGUGAUGAUGUGGAGGUUGAAUUGGAUCCUAGAGGGGUGAUGGCGCCUCUAGAUUAUGACCGCUCAGCAGUCUGUCUGGCGUUUGCGAAUUCUACAGAUGGUGGGAUUUUCGGAAACUAUCAACAGCAGACGUUUGAGGUGGUGUAUGAUGUCGCCGGAGGGCGGCUGGGGUAUUCUGAUCUCCUUGAGUUGCAGAAGGGAUUGUUUUCUCUUUUGUCAUCAUUGGAAAAAUCGUACUUUUACUCCCUCAAUUGUUCGAUCUGCAAUAUUUCUCGCUAA